AUGGUUACGAUUUCGACACGCAGCUUAAAUACGGCAAAAGCCUUUAUAGUGCAGAUUUACUUUGCCUUGCAGUCUUCUACGCGCACUUGUCCCAACAUUAAUGGCCUCGACUGUUCUCGCCUUUGGGUUCAGGGAGUCGUGGUCGCCAUGUCUGAAGACAAUAUGCAGUACACGAUAGACGACGGUACUGGCGUCUUGCACCUGGAGCUAAGAGUUUUCCUGAAAAAUACGCCUUCUGGUGUGGAUGCUAGACCCCAAUUGGGUGAUUUCAUUAUGGCCAUUGGACCGAUGCAAAAAAUCAAGAUUGACACUGCGGUAUCGGUGCGUACAUUGCUGGCCCAUCAGAUUGUCAAGCUAGACACAAAGUUUCAGCGAGAACCCAUGUGGUUUUUAGAGGUUAUUGAGUACUGGAUGUCCAUCGCAUGUACAACUGCAUGUUAA